AUGAUACAAUAAACUAAAGGGGAAUCUAAUUCCCCGAUUUCAUAGGUAGAAAAAGAAAUAGAUAAACAUAGAGAAAAGAUGAAAGAACUUGAAUACCUUUACUAUAAAAAGAAACUCACUUCAGAGGCAUCUUCAAACAUUAUUAGAAGCCAACCAUUGUAUUUAGAAGAUGAAACUUUAGUGAGUUUAGCUGAUGGGAAAGAGUUAAUAAAUUUAAAAAAAUAAAAUAAUACUCUAGGUGACAAAAAGAAUUAGAUUACUAGCCUAAAAGCAGAUAUAUAUGAUUAUGAAAGUUAUAGCAACAAGAGAGUUAAAAAGAAUUUAAAUCAAUAAAGAGAUAAUAUUGAUAAUGAAGAUGCUUUCGAAAUAGCAAUUCCUAAAAAAUCAAAAUAAAAAGAAAAUUAUGAAUAAUAUACAAAGAUGAACUAGCAUAAAGAUUAAAGCCCUUCUGUUGGAAUAGGAUUCUUAUCUGAUACCACUUAAAGUAUUAACUUUUUAAAGUAUGAUCAGUAAAAAGAUACUCCAAAAGAAAAACAAUUUCAUUAUAAACAAGAGUAGUAAAAAAUGUAAGCUCCUAAAAUUCCUAUUAAAUAAGAAAAGCAAAUCGAAAGCCCUAUAAAGUAGUAUGGGCAAAAAGAUAUGAGUAAUAGUAUUGAAAUAAAAAAAUAAUAAACUUUAAUGAAUGAGCGAAAUAGGAAAUUAUAGAUUUUACGUGAAGAAAUGCAACAAAUCGACAAGCUAAUGCAAGAAAAAGGUGUUGAAAGAAAGAAAGUUUAUAUUGAACCUUCAGAUAAAGCUAUUGAAAAUGCAACUCAUAUUCCUAUUGAGAAAAAAAUAUAUUAACACAAAUAUGAAGAAUUUCUUGUUGAUAAAAAAGUUAAAUAGCAAGCUGACAAUUACUUUUAAAAGUUAUAAAGACCUGAGUUUGAAAGAAUGAAGAGUGCCAAAUCUUUUGAUAAAUAUAAAAAACUUCAUCCCGAAUCUGACCAAGAAUUUGGAAUCACAGAUCGCCCAAUAGAGAUUAAAAAAACUUAUGAGGAAAUCAUAAAAGAUGAAGACGAAGCCAAAAUUUAAUAGUACUCAUAGCAAAUUGAAUAGGGCAAGAGAAGUACAGAAGAAAAACGUAUGAAAAAUUUGUACACAAGGAUAAUUAGUGAUAGCAAGCAAAGUAUAUAAAAAAGAAAACAAAAAGAUGAUGAUUUCAUUCUAAAGUUUUUAUUUAUGCAAAUUGACACUCAAAAAAGUGGUUUAGUUUCUUCAUAAGAAAUUUUUGAUUCUUUGAAGGAAAAUAAAGAUGCAAUUGUAUAUUUUGAUCUUUGUGUUAAGACUUUAUAUUCGGAUUUAGAUAAAUUUAAGACUCAGAGAAAAGGUCUCUUCAACAUUGAAGAAUUUUCAGCAUUUGUUAACCAAUAAAAUUAAAUGAGCAAGAAAACUUUACAAACAGAAAAAGAGGCUCUUAAAUCUCAAAUUAUGCAGGAAGAAAACCUUUUACAUAAAAUUGAUAAAUUAAAAGAUAAAAAUGAGCUAUUUUUAUUGUAUGAGAAAGAUCCUAAGAAUACUUAUGGUACAUGCGUUUUAAAUGAAGCUAAGUUGGAUGUGCUUAGAGAAGUAUUUAGUGAAUUGGAUACUUUCAAUGAUUUUAUUGUAAAAAGAUUAGAUUUAGUUAAGGAAUUGCUCAAUAAUAAUAAAAUUUAAAAAAUACUUACUUAUCCAGCUGUAAAAAUACCUAUCGUUAAUAGAAAAGUAUCUCUUCAAAAUAUCCUAGAGCAAGUCGAGAAAGAGUACACUUUAGCAGAUGAGCAAUAAUAGAAACCUAGAGAGUAUAUAAGUUGGAAUCAAUUUUUUGAGUAUUUUAAAAAUUAUUAAAAACCCAGCUUUAUUCUUGAUCAUGAAAUAAGUAGUUCUCAAGAGGCUAAAAUUUUUGAUAUCAGCGAAGAUUAUCUUUUAUUAAUUUAAGAUGUAUUUGAUAUGAUCCCAAGAGUUUCCACAACCUUAGAUUAUGUUAGCACAACUGAUUUUGUAAUUGCAGCUAAAAAAGAUCCAUAAAUAAGAUCAAUAGAGAGUGAAGUAGUUCGCACUAAAUCAGAAGAAACUGGACUACCAUAGGAAAUUUUAAGCGAAGUUUUAGAUAGAAUUAUUGCAGAGGGAGGAGAGUAUAUUUAAUGGCAUGAAGUAAAACUCUUUUUCUCUAAAAGAGGAAGACCGAUAGGGGAAGAAUUUGGAAACUAAGAUGAAAAUUAAAAUGUAGAUUAAGGUUAAAAAUCUUAAGUUUAGAUUGAAGAAAUGAAAUCUGGAGUAUAAUUCAAAAUUGAAAAAAGUUCUCCACAAAAGUAGUCUUCUCCAAUCAAAAAAAGUAAUGGAUUUAAUGAUGAUAAUGAUGAUGAUGAUAACUAAUAUUAUGAUGAGCAAACUAUAAAUUCAAAAAAAUAUGAUAUGUAUCAACAACAUGUACCAGUAAGGAAACCUACUGUCUAAGAAGAAAUAGCAAAUCUUAGACUUUAAGGUUAAUAUGAUUCUGGUGAAGAGAUGAGCGAUGACUAUAUGAAGGAAAUAUAGCAAAACUCUGAUGAAGAUGAUUUCGAAGGUGAGCAAUACAAUUAACUGAAAUAAUUAGACUAUAUGAUGAAAGGAGAUGCACCUUAAAAAAAUAAAUUAACAGCUGAAGAAGCAAUUUAAGAGCAUUAUACUAAAAAAAGAGUGGUUUAAGCUUAAAAAUAAGAUACAGAGCUAAAAGAAGAAAUUAAUGACUUUGAUAAAUAUUAUAAGGAAUUAUUGCAAAGAUAAAAGGAAGCCUAAUUAGGGCCACUUGAAUCUUUGAAGCAAAAAGAAUAAUUAGAGGAUCCCGUUAAAUAUGGAAUAUUAAAGCAUACUGCUGUUGAUUAUGAUAAGUAUUUUGGUAAAAUGAUUAAAAACAAAGCCUUAAACGAGUAAGAAAAAGUAGAUAUAACUGUACCUAAGCCUUUUUCAUUCGAAAAAAGAGAAACUUCAAAAUAGAAAAGCAUUUAUUAACAAAAAAAAGAGCAAUAUUUAAAUGAAGUAUUAAACAGAGAUGAAGAAGAAAUGAAAAAAAGAUUUAAAGCCAAUCCUAUACCAACUACAACAAAAAUCCCUAUGUUCAAUAACAUUAUUGAAAAAAAUAAAGAGAAAAGAGAAAAAAUUAGACAAGAGUCUGUGAAAAUUACUCUUGAGACUCAGAAUCCCUUCUCAUUUUAUGAAAAAGAUAUUUAAAAAAGAGAGGAAAAGAAAUAAAAAAUAGUUGAGACAGUUAAUACGGAAGUAUCAGGAUUCAAAUAAAAAGCUUUUAAAGCCAAAGAAGUGCCUGCUUCUAGUAAGGUUGACAUGUUAAAACAAAUGGAAUAAGAAAGAGAAGAGAAUAGAAAAAAGAGAGUUGAAGAAAGAAAACAAGAGUAGAUAAAAAGUGUUUAAGAGUUUACAAGACUCGCAGGCGCUUCUGAAAAAUGGAAAGAAACUCUAAAAAAAAGGGAAACAGCAAAAACUUCUGAAGAAGAGAAAUGCACAUUUGCACCAAAGAUAAACAAGGAAAUUCCAGAUACAAGUAAAAAAUCAGAAACUUAAAUUUCAGCUCCUGCUACAUAAGCAAAAUUAAAGGCUGUUUCAGCUUUUACAGGUUUACUAAAAGAUAAAAUUCCACCAACAGAGUAAAAGCCAUUUAAUUUUUAGCCUCCUGUUCCGAAAUAAGCUAGUAGAGAGUAUAUGGAUUCUUAUAAUGAAAGUAUCAAAGCAGAUAAGUUAGAACACAAAAAUCUAUUGUCUCGUUUGGUUCCUUUAUCUAAGAAAAAAUUAUCAGAAAAAGCUGUCAAAGAACCUGAAGAAUAAGAAGAAAAUACAGAGUAAUAGUUAGAUGAAUUAGAUAAUUUGUAAUAACAGUAAGAAGAGGCAGAGCAAUAAAAAAAAAAUGAAGAUUAAGCUGAAGAUUAAGUAUUUGAUAUGCCUAAAAAGACUAAAUCUAAGAUUGAAGGUAGUGCUAAUAAGAUUUAAAGCUAAACCUCUAACGCUAAUCUCGAUAAUGAUGGAAAACCAAAGGGUACAACUAAAGCUGAAUAACUGCUAAUUAAGAAGAGAGAAGAUGAGAGAAAGAAAAAAGAAGAAGAGGAAAACUAAAGAAAGAAAGAGAAAGAGGAACGUGAUAAAAAACUAAAAGAACGAGCUAGUGAAGUUAAAGAUAAAUUUGGAGAUCCUCGUAGUGCCAAGUAAGCUUAAGAGGAAAUGGAAAAAUAAAAACUAAAAGAACGCUAAGAAGUAGCUAGAUAACAAAAAUAAGAAUAUGAGCAAUAAAUAAAAGAUAUGGAGAGCAGAGUUAAAAAUAGAUAACUUCUUACAGAAGCUAAAUCUCAUGGCUCUAGUGCUUUGGAUAAAUAUAGAAAAAUGAAACCUCCUGUAUAAGAUUAAGAAAAUAAUUAAUAACAAGAAAACUCAUAAAAAUAGAUAUAAGAAUAGUUAAAAUAAGAUAACAAACAAUCAGCUAAUAAUAUAGAUAAAUCAAACAACUCAGCAGCUUAAGUAUAAAAGUAAUAAGAUCAUGCUGAAGAAAAUUAUGAUGAAGAUUUUGGUGAUGAAAAUGAUUAACCAGUAAGAAAAGAUGAUUUUGAUGAUCUUUCUGAUUGA